GGAGCAUGCCAAUCACUGAUUUUUGGUUGUAUAAGGAAAAGGGGCACGCCGUUGUCAGCUCAAGUCUUGGAUCGCGACAUCUAAGUUUUCCACCGCCAAUACGGAGUACCAACCCACGUGUGGCCAGCAUCGCAAAAAGGAGUCUUGCAAGCCAAUUCGGUAGCCCGGGCAAGCCACACGCGUUGAAAGUGUGACAUGGAAAUCAAACUCGACGAGGAUGAUAUUCUCGCCCGCUUCGACCGUCUUGUCGAUCAGGGUAUGGUAGUUUACAACCAGGACUACCGCACUGUCACUGUUACAGACCAGGAGCUUCCGUUCGAAUUCCGCAUUCUCUCGAGCCUGACAAACAAACCACAAGCUCCGCAAGACCAACAAUCGCAAACCACUUUGCAGCAACCAGGGUAUCGCCCAGGAAGCGAUAUUGACGUAUCCGGCUACGAAGCGGCAACACUUGGGUCGACUCAUUUACUGGCUUUGAACAAAUUCCCAGCUGCGAGGCCACACCUCCUGAUCCUCACCCAGGAUGGGUUUCGCCGGCAGCACGAAGCGCUGGACAUGGACGAUAUCACGGCCGGCAGCCAGGCAAUCUCUUCGUUCAAGAGCCGGUACUUGCUGCUCUUCAACUGUGGCAUCAACAGCGGGUGCAGCCGCAUGCACAAGCACAUGCACAUCUUUCCCGCGCCUGACCGGGACAAGUUCUCUCUCUGGUUGGACUCGGACGAGCCGCGGCUGCCGUUCAAGUUCUUCAUGAACCGCUUCCACAACGGGUUGCCUUCAGCCGCGGAGAUCUUGGAUAUCUACCGGGCCCUCCUACGCCAAGCCGAGAGGGCGGUGGGCGGUGCUGCGGUGGAGGGAGGUGCAGCGGUGCCUCACAACGUGAUCAUGGAUCGGAACUGGCUGGUGGUAAUACCGAGACGCUCGCCCGGCUGGGAAGGGGCAGAUACCAAUGCAGCGGGCAUGCUCGGCAUGAUCUGGGUCCACAACGAGGAGAAGAUGAAGAUUUGGUUGAAGAAGGGCCCAGCAAAUGUGCUCUCUCGAAUCGGCAUUCCGGCGGACGAGAACUGGCCUUAUUAGAAGAAACUGGAUAAAGUAGCUUAGGAAAGCGUCAGUUAGCAUUGAGUUGAUCCCCGUUACUUAGC